AUGUUUAACAAAGGCCUACCAUUACUCUGUGGUGGAAACGUGUUCGAUUUGUCUUUCCUUCAGAAAAACUUGACAAAAUUGGGGCUCGAAAACGCCUUGAUGAUCUCGAAAUUGGAGCUCAAUUUCUCCCGGUACCCUCUCCAGGGGCUAGAAGAGUACCCGUUUGGUCCCCCAGAGGCUAUUGACAUAAUGUUGGUGACCCAAGAGCUCGAGGAUUUCUCCAUGUAUUGCAAGCGGCUUGGAGGCCUUCAACCUCCGGCGCUAUGUCUUUUGGCGCGAUUUCCGUUGCUUGAUGACGUGGCGACACGCUAUUUGAAACGUCUUGGACGCGAACAUACUUACCGGGCUGCAUGGAAUUCAUAUUGGGAUAUGAACCUUCUGUCCAAGGCUCACAAAAAUGCAAUUCAGGAGCUGGCAAUUUUGCAGGCGCAAGCAGCUGCAUCUGCAGUCAAAGUAGCCGCUGUUACAGCCAGAGCCGCUUUAGAGAUACACUGCCCAAAGCUACAAUAUCUCUUCUUAUGCAAUGGACCUGUCUUUAAUUUUGAGCUGGCGGGACCAAGACAAUGGCUAAUUCUUUCGACAGACCGCCUCGCCAUAAAUAGUCGGCCAUACAGCAGUAAAGAAGAAUUGGUGUGCGAGCUGCAUGUCGAUGUCAAGAAGGAGUCGGUCACUAUUGUGAACGAGCAGAAUAUUAGAUUCAGCAAGUCCGCCGGAUCUCGUCCGGUCUUUGAAGGGGGAUGA